AUGUACAGAGCCAGUUUCGCCAGGCCGCUUUUCGGCUUAAAUAGAACCAACUGUAUCUCUAAAAGACGCUACGCUACCCCGCUGCUCAAGCAGUAUAGCCCAUUCAAGACGCCGUUGUCUCUUCUAUGGGCCACCAAGGUUCCUGCCAUCGCCAAAGCGUUUUCGGGAGUUGUGGCCUUGGCUAUGAGCUUGACCAAUAUCCACCCAGAUGUGCUUAUAACAGCCGGCCCUCCAUUGUUGGGAGCAGGCUACAUUGCAUACCGUAAGCAUGAGAAGAGGAAGUACUUGCGUGCCCUUGAGCUUGUCCUAGAACUGCGCGCGAACGCCCUGGAGAGUGACAUCGUUGAGGUAGCCAGGUACGACGAGACCGAUCUUGAUCUUGCUUUGAAGGGGAUCGAUUCGGAGUAUGAGUACUUUCUAAGUGUGGUUAUUCCCAGAAUUGAGUCUCGUGUGAUCGACUUCCUCGUUUUGCAGGAGCUGGAGGGACUGGUAGUGCCGGCACUUAGGCAACUCAUUGACGAGAAUGGUCAAGUGAAUCUAAAUGUCGCAUCAAUGCCUGAGACGUUUGUUACACUGAAGGCAGAAUAUCCGCAGCCGGCUGAUUUGGGGCUACAAACAGCUUCGAUUGUGUCAUUUAUUUCUUUCUCUAUUCCCUUCUACGACUCCAAAGACCCACAAACCCGAGAAAGACUCGGAGUGUUACAGGUUUCGAUGCUUGAACGUCCUAAAAAUUCGGACCAGGAUACUGGCAGUAUUUUCUAUGAUGUUGGAAUCCAAAUCUGGCCCUACACUUCGUUCUCCAAACCGGUCUCUGUCACUUAG